AUGGAGGAAAAAUCGUCAAAAUUUGCUUCGAAAGGGUAUGUUUAUCGAAAGCUUAAAGAACUUCCUUUUACUGCUGGUAUGAACAGAAGAAAAUUCUCAUCUUUGUUGGAAGAAACACUGCAAUCGAUCAACUCCAGCAAAGCAUUUAUUCAGGGAAGAAAGCUUUCACAACUUUUUCCUCAGCAAGUAUCAAUAGUUCAAAAGUUUAUUAACACGAUCGAUGCUCAAGCUUUUUGGAGAUUGGUGAAGCAAUCUGAAAUACCAAACUACCCGAAACAGACGAAAAGUGAAUCUGAUUUAACUGAUUUUUACCAUCAGCUAUUCAAUUUCCCCAAACUAGGGUUCCGUACCAGAGAAAGUCUAACGACAGUAAAGAAAACAUUCAAACUUUGUAUCAGUGACAUUCAAAAUGGCUGUACUGUUUGGGGAGUCGAUCCAGGAAUUAUAGACUUGAUUACAGCCGUCGACUCUUCUGGGGAUAAGGAGCGGCAAAGGGCGACUAGUCUCGACGAAUAUUAUCAUCUUUGUGGAUAUAACCAAACUACUUUUCAAAGACAUAAACAUCAAAGCCAAAACGAAUCAGUUUUUCAGCUGAUCAGUCAAUUGCCUUCCUUAAAAACCACAAACUCUCAUGACUUCUUACUCGCAUCUAAAAAGCGGCUUAAACAAAAAGCAGUAGAAGAAAUUUGUAAACGUUUGGUUGUUGAAAGCAAAAAGUACGGCCGAGGAAGUAAAACAGGGGUCAAGACUGCUACGGAGAACACUUCCAUUCAUUAUCCCAAUGCACCUCAAGACGCAGAAAACCCGCCUACAAGUACUGUAACUGCAUUUGGGGACGCUACUUUUUACGGGAAACAAAGCCGCGCCUGUGAAGACAGGGCCUUAGAGAAUGUCUCGACAGCAAAAUCAAAACGAAGAGUACAUUCGGUAUUAAAGUGUAACAAUAACAGUUGUAAUAUCGUUUGGAAUCGUGAUAUCAAUGCUGCGAAAAAUAUCUUUGAUAUUUUCAUGUUUGCCGCUCACAAUAAUAACCGAAGACCUCCAGCAUUUGAGCGUCCAGAGCAAACGAUAUAA